CUGUCUCUCUCUCCCCACCUGCUCUCAUUAAUUACUUUUUCACAUCGAUAAUAAUAAACAAAACUAAAUUGCUACGUGCAGACAGCAAAAGGUACGUUCCAGAGAUCCUACAAUUUUACUAAACAUUUAAUUCUCAAGUAAACCCCAUUUUCAUACUCUCUCUUGCUAUUUCUUCUUCUCCUCCUCCUCCUUCAUCACUAACAUUGGGUCUUCGACUUACAAAACAACAGCUAGAACUGGAGAAAAUGUCAGCUCAUCUCUCCAAGACAGACUCAGAGGUGAGCAGCCUAAGUCAAUCUUCACCGGCAAGAUCGGAUCGUCGCCAAGUCUACUAUGUGCAGAGUCCAUCCAGGGACUCUCAUGAUGGUGAAAAGACCACUAACUCAUUCCACUCCACACCGGUGCUCAGCCCCAUGGGCUCACCUCCUCACUCUCACUCCAACUCUUCAUUAGGCCCUCAUUCCUCCCGUGAGUCUUCUUCAACCCGCUUGUCUGGAUCCAUGAAACCACAGCGUAAGCACGACGGAUCUCGCAAGGGUCGCAAGCCAUGGAAAGAGUUCGAUGCCAUUGAAGAAGAAGGCUUACUUGAUGGUGAUGGCGCCCACCAGGACUUCCAUCGUCGUCGUUGCUAUUUCCUCGCAUUUGUGGUCGGCUUCUUUGUGCUUUUCACUACGUUUUCUUUGAUCCUUUGGGGUGCUAGUAGACCUCAAAAACCUAAAAUCACCAUGAAGAGCAUAUCGUUCAACGAAUUCAGGGUUCACGCAGGUACGGAUUCCUCGGGAGUGAGCACCGAAAUGGUGACGAUGAACUGCACAGUGAAGCUCACGUACCGUAACACAGCCACAUUUUUUGGGGUUCAUGUAACAUCAACACCUUUAGAUCUCUCUUACUCUCAGCUCACUGUUGCCACCGGAACGAUGCGGAAGUUUUACCAAUCAAGAAAGAGCCAAAGGGCAUUAACUGUAGUGAUGUUAGGUAGUCAAAUUCCAUUGUAUGGAGGAGGGGCUAGCUUGGGUAGCCUGAACGGUGAACCGACUCAGCCGGUGCCAUUGACACUAAACUUCAUUGUUCGUUCCAGGGCUUAUGUUUUAGGUAAGUUGGUGAAGCCCAAGUUCUACAAGAGGAUUGAAUGUUCAGUCACCAUGAACCCAAUGAAGAUGAGUUGGGCUAUUUCACUGAAAAACAAGUGCAUUUACAGCUAAUAAUUCAAUAGACCUGUACUUGUAUCAGUUGUGUUGAUUUGACGGCUUGGAAUAAUUGUGAUAGAAAAAUAUGGGUGGCCACGCAAAUUUAGAUUGGAUUAAUCCCUCCUGUGGGAAGACCCAAUGGCAUUGGAAACCUAGUAGUGGUCGGUGGUUUUUUUACUUCAUAGUUUUUGGCCCUCCAACUCUAAUAUUUGCUUGCACUUUCGUAAGUUAUAUAAACGAGUUUUGAUGCUUUGCUCCAAA